GCGGGUGCUGACCUCGCUGGGAAGUCCCAGCUGUCGGUCACUCGCCCUGGCUGCUCCAGAGGCCCCACUGCCUGGGCCCGGCUCUGAGGGCCCGGCUCUGAGGGCCCGGCUUGGCCGGCUUCUGCCAGCUGCCCCGUUCAGCUUGGGGCCCAGCGUCUACGCACUCAGCAGCUCUGCUGCUGCCAAGAUGCCGUUGCCGCGGAGCGUGACCUCUGGCCCGGAGCUGCACAGCCCCAAGGAGCCUACGGAGACGCAGAUCCCAGCUCGGGGUGCUCGGCGGGCAAACAGCGGGGAUGCGCCCAGCACCCACCGUGAGGGCUCGAGACCUGGGCUGGGCACCCUUCGGCGGGCCUUCUCGCGGGCGAGCCAGCGGGCCUCAGGCCGGGCCCCAGAGGAGGACCCAGGCCUGCUCAGGCGCAGCUCCCGCUUCCUACUGCGGACUUUACAGCGUGCCCCAGGCCGUGGCCCAGCUGCUGACCAGUCCCGGGCCACCAUGGUGGCAUCGGGGGCCACCCACAGCCAGGAGGUGCCCUCAAGGGCCAUGGAUGGUGCCAGCCAGCAGUCGUCCACCGGGGUGGGGCCUGAGGAACUGGAAGGCAAAUCGGUGGCCGACCUCAUCACCGAGCGGCACCUGCUGGUGGCCUUCGAACAGCUGCGGCACCUGGAGAUUCGGCUAGUGGCCGAGAAAGCCUCGCGCACCUUCCAGGAGGACCCCACGGGCUUCGCGCGGCGCGCUAUGGACGUGUGCUUGCACUACGACGGACUGGCUGCGGAGAUCGGCGCCAUCGUGCGGGAGACCCUGGGCCCGGACGGCGUGGACUCGGCCGCGCUAGUGGAGCUGGCCCGUGUGGUGCGCGCGGAAGAGGAGGCCCACCCGGAGCCACCGGCAGACGGCGACUUUCUAAGCACGCCGCGCCACUGGCGCCAGCACUGGGAGGACUCGGUGCGGGAGAGCGCGCGGGAGCGCGUGCAGCAGGCGGGCGUGGGGGAGGCCCUAGGGGCAGCCGAGGGUGCAUCCGGCUUGGCCCAGAUUCUGGCGCAGCUUGGCAGCUUGGUUCGCCAAGAUCUGCAGAAGGUGCGGCUGGAGGUGCACCCCGCUUAUGCGGCGGCCGGCUUCCCCGCCUGGGAGGCCUACCUGCGCGCCUUUCAUGGCGCCGUGGCCCAGCGCCUCCAGGAGCUCGCGCACGACGCCCGCGGCUGCGAGCAGCUCUACUUGCUGCUGGACUGGGCCGCCAAUAUCUACAGCAGUCCUGAUUUCCUGGGCGCCCCGGACUUGGCUCUGCCCUCGGAGCCGUUGCCCCCGCUCCUAGCACCUGAUGUGUGGGCCCGACUGGAGAGCGACUACACCAGCUUCCUGGAGACCAAGAUCGCAAGCUGCUUCGAUGGCAUCCUGCAGCUAGAGCAGAGUCGCUGGGCGGCUGCCGAGGUCCCCGAUGUGCUGCAGGGCCGCUACCAUUCCCCGCUGUCCAUGGACGUUCUUAUGCUGGUGGCGGAGCACGUGAAGGCUGCCGGCGCCAUCUCCGCGGAGCUGGAGGCCACCACCCUGCGGAUCUGCGCGCGGGCGCUUGGCCUCUUCCUGCCCAGGUUUGAAAAGGCUUUUCUGGAGUCGGAGGCGGUAAGCGAGCCUCACCUGGGCGCCAACAUCAAUGCCUGUGAAGAACUCAGGACCAAUCUUCUGGCCAAGUUCCCCGGAAGCUUUGAAGAACUGGAGAAGCCCCUGGUGGCUGCCAUUUGCGUCUUUCAGAAGCGGCUGCUCCAGGACUUGCAGAGGGAUCUUCAGCCGCUCUUCAGGGUCCUGUGCACCAGGGACUGGCUGACACAGGAUGUGCUCCCGCCCCUCAUGGACAAGGUGCUGACCUUCGCCCGCCACCUUGAGCACGUAGCUCCGCCCCAGGCGCAGGAAACUCUGCAGGAGGUGCACCGAUUUGUGGUUCGUGAGUACCUGGCGCAGGCACUGAAGCCGCAGGAGCGGUUCCGGGGUCUGGAUCGGGUGGCUGGCUCCCAGAAAAUGGGCCUCGAGGCGCAGGCCAUUGGCAACACCUUCCAGGGCUUGGGCUCUGAGGCCACGUGGCUGGGCCAAGCUAUCCCGUGCGUGGCUGACAUACUGGGCGAGACUUACAAAGACGAUAUCCAGCGGCACCUGGAGACACUCAUCGCGAGCUACCCCGACAUCAGGCGGGACCAUGUGCUGGCCAUUCUAGCACUGCGCCGACUGGGCCGCCGUCGGAACCAGCGCCUCUUGCAGCAUGCCCAGGCCCUGCUGAGGGCUGUGGCCAAGGCAAGGGGCUCCGGGGCUGCUGGGGGCCACGUGCUCUUCGAGGAGAUUGAGGUGCCCACCUCCAUUGAUGUGCUGAUCACCUGUCUCUGGUGCUCCUGGGCCUGAGAGGGGGCCGACACCUUAGAGAGGGUUGUGGUGGCUGGAGGGUCAGCCGCCUUCCCCCAGGCACUGAGCCUCCAGCGAGGAGCCCAGGGAAGCACUCUCAGCCCUGCCCCCAGCCCUAAAGCCCGUGUCAUGGAACUUCCAUCCUCAGCCAUGCAUGGCUGCUUGGCCAGAGGAACAGCAACAAGAGAGGCAUUCCAGGCAUUUGUGGGGAGUGUCUGGGGGGCGGAAGUUCCCUUCAACACUGCCCACUGGGGAAGGCCUCUCUGCCUAACUGUCCAGCACCACCCCAAUCUGAAAGUGAAGAACAGAGUACUUAUUUUUAAAAUAAACAUGAAUUAAAAUGGUGUCUCCCUGAGGGGCACGGCCAAGUCAGCUUGGAGCAGGGGGUCUGGGUCCCCAUGAACCCAGAGGCCAGCCAAAAGGUUGUGUAGUGACUCUGUUUGGUGAUGUCCUUUCCUGCCCACUGUACCUCUGCGGAGACCGAGGUCCAUCUAGAACUGGGAAGGCCCACCCCUGUGGCUGCAGAACACAACGGGCUUCCACCCUGGGACUCUGGGUCCACUGACCUCGUGUGCCAAGUAAGCCUCACCCAGCCCGGGAAGGCACCGCUCUGUCCUGUUCUAAGCAGGCCUGGGGCCCUGAGAGAAGACGAAAGGCCUAGGCUAGUUCUGCAGCUUGAGAUAUUUGGGUUAGAUAUGAGAGGGACUUCUCAGCAGUGAAAGUGUGUGUAUGGGGCACUGACCCUGCAGGUCUCGGCUCUGGAUGUGGGGCUGCAAGGAGAUUGCUCCAGUGGCCCCUGCACAAGCCCCUCCUCACCCUUCUCUGAGCGCUGAAAUUUACACUGACCACCAACUGCAAUUUGCACCCUGCUCUGGGCCCUGAAAUUUCUCGGAGCUGAAAUUUGGCUCCAGCCUGUGGGUGGGGCUGCUGGGAAACCCGAUUGCUUUAGCAAUCUCUGGCUUCCCAGGGAGACAGGGGAGUGGGAUCGGGUGCAGGGGCAUCCCCCUCCAUGGGUGCACCUGAGCUGGGGGCCAAGCCUGGGGCAGGCAGGGGGCCAAGGGAGUGUUCAGAUCUUCCUAAGUGGGGAAUUCAGUGGGGGGGGAUGGGAGGGGCAGGAAGGAGGAAGAGGAGGGAAGAGGAGAGGUUACAGUUCCCAGCUCCCGGCUGGGGGUGGGGGUGGGGUGUAUGUGAACCCUGACACUGACAAGCAGUCCUUGUGUCAGCCAGGAAACUGAGACCAGCAGAGGAUGGAGGUGGGCACUGCCCCACACCAGGCCCCAACACAGGUAGCCUGGGAUGCUCACAGCCAGGUGGAGGGGAAGGAUAGCAGGGGGACGUUUUUUCCUUGGGGAGGGGCAAGUGAUUGACAGGUCAGCUUGACCCCUCUAUGUUACCCCAGUGGCUGGCAGUGGUCUGGGUGAGGGUCUCAGGCUGGGUGGGGGUAUGGGAAGACUUGGUCUGGUUUGGUCCUGUCCAGGUUCUCCCCAGGCAGUUCCUGAUCCCUCACCCCACAUUGGAGCCUCAGACCCAUCAUGAAGAUCCCCUCCUGCAGCUCCUGGUCCUGACCCUGACCCUGACAGGCCUAGCCUUGCCUGAGCCCUUGGGCUGCAGGCUGAGGGUCCUGGGGCUGGUUUCUACGCCAGGCUGCAGAGGUGGAAGGGGAUUCGGCCCCAGCUCUGCCACUUUCCAGCCAUGAGGCUGUAGGCAGGUUUCUUCAGCUCUCUGUGCCUCUUUUUCCAGCUGUGAAAUUGGAGUGCUGCCGUGCCUCCCAGGCUGGGGAGAGUGAAGUAAGAGCUUGUUGUAAAGCCAGGCUUCGGCCCCCUGUGACUCUGUGUUCCCAAAGGCCUGGCCAGGCCAUGGUCUGCAAGAAACAGCUGAGAAGACCCUAGCUGCGGGGGCGGGGGGCUCUGUCAGCAAAUCCCGAGGAAGGUGGCAUCGGCGGGUGGAGGAGGCUGGGGAGAGGCUCCGGUCUGCACAGCCUCCUUCAUGCUGCAGUGGGAGGAUUUAGUCCGCGACCCAGGGCCGUCUUCCUGAGUGUUUCUAGGCCCAGAGACAGAAAGUCAGGACUUUCCCAGCAGAAGCCUCCGCGCCUAAGCUGGUACGUGUACCCAGGAGUUUUUUCCAGGGAGCCCAGCAGGGGCCGGGGGGGAGUUGGCUUCCAAGGCCAAGCUGGGGUGAGCAGGAGGCCAGCGGGCAGCUCCUAUGAGGGUACAGUCAACGAGGCUGCGGACUGGAGGGUGGGCUGAGGACAGGGGACCUGGGCUGGCUCGGGUCCAGGGCUCUGGCCUCUAGCCCUUCUACCCCAGGCCUGGGGUCUGUGCUCAGGACCCUCCCUGCCCACCAGAUCCUGCAAGGCCUUGUGAAGAGCCAGAGUAUUUCCUUGACUAUCCUGUUGUCCAGACAAGCAUGAGGGCAGGGGCUGGCUCUCAGAGCUGCUUCCGGCCUCACUCACCAGGUUGUCUGGCUGAUAGGGAAGUGUGUGUGUGUGUGUGUGUGUGUGUGUGUGUAUGUGUCUGUUCACAUGUGUGUGUGUUUCUGGAAUGUGCCAGCCCCUGUCAGCACCCAGGGAUGGGGUGGCCUUGCCCAGUGUCUUUGUCCCUCUAAUGGAGGGGAAUACCUUAUCUGCCCCGAGAGCACGGGUCCUGGGCCCCACCAGCUGACCUCAUUCCCUCCUCUGCCUGGCCACCUUCUUCCCCCCUGCCUGGCUCUCUGCUCUUCCUCCUUCAGCUCAGCGUGGCUUCCCCCAGUGCCCACAUUUCCUGGGGCUCCUUCGUGGACUGGGGGUUGCCUCUGUUCCCUGGUCCUGAGCCUGAGGGUCUUUGAGGCAGAGGCUGCUCUGAGAUGUUUCUGGGACUCCAGGCCAGGCUAGGGGAUGGGGCAGAGGCCAACCUGCAGGAUGCUCAGGUCUGUGCACAGGAUGACGCCAACCUACUGACCCAAGGAUAGCUGGGGUGACAGAAGGGACCUGAGGGUCCACUGUAGCCCAACCUGGGACUUGUGUUCUCUAUGGCUCAUCACCCAGCCCCUGCUUGAGUGUGUCAUGCUGGAAAAGCCCUGGGGCCACACCAUGCUCAUGUGUGUUCAGGUCUCAGUGCUGCCCUCCUCCAGCUGGUGACCUGGGCCCUUUCCCCUCUGAGCCUCAGGCUCGCUGAAGAGAGUGGCUAGCAGGCCAGGGAGGUCCUGGGGGAAAAUGAGACCGUCUAUAGAGAUCCCUGCACCAAGGGCGCUCUGCAAGUGGCAGUUAGUGUGUCACCUCCGUUCUGCACAGCCGUCCCUCUUCCUUGCCUGGACACCCUGACCCCUUCCUUCCGGGGCCACCCUGGCGAGACUGCCCUUCCCCAGCCAGUCGGUGUGGAGCGCUGGGCAGUGGGCCUGUGCUGGGCAUGGCGAUCAGACGAGGGCUGAUCCACAGAGCUCUGGGGAUGGGGGAAUCAAGUCCUGCUGGGUGGCAGCGCAGGCUUCUCGUGGGCAGAUGUGCUAGGAGCCAGGGCCCCCCAGGUCUGAGUGCCUCCAGGGCCUCAGCCCAGCCUCCCGGGGCCCCUGCUCCAGUGAAAUGCUUGGAGAGGACUGACACGUGGACAGGUCACACCCACCCAUGGGUCCCAUGGGGUCAUUACAAAACCCUUCCUCCUUCCAUCCUCUGUGAGCACAUACACCCACCCAGCUAGUCAUGGCUUUUAAAGUGUAUUUGUUAAAUGUUUUCAUUUUUGACUUUGUUUCUGAUAGGGACAUAUCCACACAGUUCAGAAUUAAAAAGGUACAAGAA